AAACAUAUUACAAAAUUGAAACACAUAAUGCAAACUACUGCAACAUUAGAGCCAGCAACAUCAAAAUGUAUCCUUCGCAAAUAUCCAGUAAAGCAGGAAUGUCACAAAGAAAAAACACCACUUAUGCUACCGAUAUUUCUAAUGAUUCCUUUUGAAGAGAAGUCCUCCGAGGCGCCAAAAACAUUGCACAAACAAACAAAGAUGGGUGUGAGUGACAUCCAAACUUCAGAGCUCAGUCGUUUGAAAUUUCCUGAAAUGAGAAAUGGUAUUCUAUCCACAAGAUGUCAUUGUGUACAUAGAGAUGGUCUUCAAGAUUCCUGUCCACUGAGUCAAUGUCAAAAAGAACCCGAAUGCCUUGAUAAACCAUGGCCUAGUUGCUUACCAGCAAAAUAUUUACAAUCUCGACAUCCAGAACAGUAUCCACCAUCCAAAAACUGA